AUGUCAGAUUCGAGAGUCUUAACAGGGCAGAUGUUAGCUUUUGAUAAGCAUAUGAAUUUGGUGUUGGCCGAUUGUGAAGAAUUCCGAAAAAUUAAACCUAAAAGUGGAUCAAAAGUACCACAGGGUCAACCAGAACAUGAAGAGAAAAGAACAUUGGGUUUAGUGAUUCUAAGAGGUGAAACUAUCGUUAGUCUAAGUGUUGAUGGACCACCACCACCAGCUAUUGAUGAAUCAAAGUCUAAGUUAGCACAACUUCCUAUUGGUCCUGGUAUAGGUCGUCCUGCUGGUAGAGGUUUACCAGUCGCACCACCAGGUGCUACCCCAGCGGGUCUUACAGGGCCUGUUCGCGGUAUAGGUGGGCCAUCUCCUAGUAUGCCACCUGUAAUGGCAGGUAUGCCACCUGGUUAUAGAGGUGGGAUGGGACCACCACCGGGUAUGCCAUCUGUAAUGGGAGGUAUGCCACCAGCUUUUAGAGGAGGCGCACCACCUCCUGGAAUGAGACCAAUGUCUAUGGGAAUACCUGGUGGACCUCCACCUUUUUCAGGAGGUGGGCGUGGAAUGCCUCCAGGGUAA